AACAUUGGCCUUUUCUACAGUUCAUCGAACUAUUGCACUAGAACACGAAUCCGUCGUCUUUACUCGUCGCAGUGUUUGCAGAAACAUUUCUUGAAACGUCAAGUUAUUACAGUCACGAUGUCGUCAAUUGACAUCGAAAAGGUUAAGAUCCUUGUUGUGGGGGACUCUGGUGUAGGCAAAUCAUCUCUAGUUCAUCUGAUAUGUCAUGGACAACCCAUUUUGAAUACCUCAUAUACUAUAGGUGCAUCGCUAGAUGUAAAGAUCCAUGAAUACAAGGAAGGUACACCUGCUCAGAAGACAUGCUUUGUAGAAUUCUGGGACAUCGGUGGGUCUGUUAACCAUGCUAACAGCAGGCAUAUAUUCUACACAGCACUAAACGGUAUCAUUCUGGUCCAUGAUCUAACCAAUCGGAAAUCACACGCAAACCUUGGCAAGUGGCUGAGUGAGAUCCUACAGAGAGAACAAAAUAAUGGGUCUGAGAGACAUAGGACAAGUGUGAGUGAGUAUGAUCCUGAACAGUUUGCAGGCCACCAUACACCCAUACUGGUCGUAGGAGUGAAGAAAGAUCAGUUAGAUACACAAAGACAAAACAAAUUACAAUCAUCUUCAAUAGCAGAAGAAUGUGGAGCUGAUGAAAUCAAUUUAAACUGUACAGAUGCCAAGCACUUAGCACCAGGGACAACAAAUGCUGUCAAAUUUAGUCGUUUCUUUGAUAAGGUAAUAUCUCGUCGUUGCGGCCAUAGUGCCAAGGACGGUCCCAGAAAGGUAAUAGAGAGGAGAUACUUCCCACGUGACAGCAUGUCCCAGGUUGGUGAAUAUUUAUUCAACUGCUGAUCAUAAUACAUGCAUAGUAGGCUGUGCUACUUCUACUCAAGAAAGGAGACGUAUUAGUACAUCGCAGAAUAUGAAGAGCCUUCAUGCAGACUAGCUGACCAAUCAUGUGUUAGUACAUCGCAGAAUAUGAAGAGCCUUCAUGCAGACUAGCUGACCAAUCGUGCAAUCAUUUUGUUCGGACAGUAGCAUACACUGUAGCUGUAUGGAGAGACUCAAAUCUGACAGUCAUCUCAACAAUUUAUGACACGAUUCAUUUGACUCAUUGCUGAUGGAAUAUGGUUGGUUUCUGUAUCAAGUCCUGGGGAAUGACCGAUUCAGUGGUCAACAGAUUAGGAUCGUUACACUGACAAACAUUUAGCCGAGAAGUUCUGCUCCAUCUGUGACUCGCACUGUACCACAGACACAUUUGCACAACAAUAUUUCCAAGGCAACAAUGUUUUCAAGGGCGGCCUACAUUACGAAAUACAGCAUGCUGUAUGUUCAUAUAUACCUGUUGUAUGUAGCAUUGAUUUAAAUUGCAAAGAAACAAAAUUAUGGAAAUGUGUGUGUAUGUAUCUGAUGAGGCAAUCUUUGCCAAUUUUCGCUCUACGUUACUACAUUUACCAAUUAUUUUCAUAUGGUAUUCAAAACACCCUGAAACAUACAAGGACAUGUGUUGUGCAGUUGGAAAUAUGUUUGUUUAAUUGUUUCUUCAUAGCAUUUCACAUUCCAUUGAAGAUGUCAAUCAAGACUUGAUAUUUUGGUAAGUAAAAAAUGAAUAAUAUUAUUGAGAUGAAAAU